CUUUAUAUCUAUCUGAUCAUCUCCCUGCGAUUUCCUUCUGAUCACAAUUAAUACACCUUUCCUCCAAAUCAACCAACACAAAACCCACAAGCUUCCAUUUUCCCAAACGGCCCCUUAGAAAUCUCUGCUCAUCUUCCAUGGGCAGGAAAACGAACCUCCUUCCUUCCAUUUUCAGGAACAGGGAGCUUCAGAGCUCCUGGGAAUGGCGGCUUUCUUGCUCCCAGACAAAGACUCUGUCUUUCCGGUCACCCGCCGCCGUAUCCCUCGACACCUCCGACGGGGUUACCACGCCGGAGUCUCUCUUCACUGAAACCUCCGGCUCCACAAGCUUCUUGACUGAUCACUCAGAGGAAAUGAUCAUAAGGGAAGUGAUGAGAUCAUCAGACAGGCUGUUCUUUGAGCCUGGAGAAUGCACAAGCUCCUCAAUCAUGGAGGACCCAAGGGAGAAAAUGGUCAAUGGAGAGAGUGAAGAAGAGAACCCUUUCAAGGAGAGUGUGGUUGUGGUCAUGGACACUGAAGAUCCAUACAGAGACUUCAAGAGGUCCAUGCAGGAAAUGAUUGAGAGCUAUGGUGGGGUCCAUGACUGGGAAUGGCUUCAAGAGCUUCUUGGAUGGUAUUUGAAGAUGAAUGGGGAUGGGAGUCAUGGGUUUAUAGUUAGGGCUUUUGUGGAUUUGCUUAUUGAACUCUCUUCCACUAGUACCAAGUCUUCUUAUUCUUUGUGUACUUCAUAUUCUUCUGCUGUUUCUUGUUUAUCUCCCCCUCCUUCUACCUUUUCUUCUCUAGGUCUCAAGGAGGUUUGAGGAAGGGCUAGCAAUGAUGAAGAUACACUAGAAUUAGUUUCUACAUAGUAUGAUUUUUCACUUUUUCGCCUUUCAUAUACUUCCCCUAGUCCCCCAAUUAAAGUCAAAUUUCUUAAACUUUUGAGUCAAAUUUCUUAAACUUUGAGUAUUAGUUAUUCAAAAUUAACAUUACUUUAUCACACAAAAUUAAUUUUAUAUACUUCAUUCUUAUAUGUAUUAUUCAAAUGGUAAUUUAUUCUAGAUUAUACACAUAAUAUAUUUAUCGAUAAUUGCGACCAAACGUUCGCCUAGAAGAUCCUAAAGUCAAAUUAGGACUUUAAUUGGGGGACAGAAAGAGUAUAUAUGAGAUAUUGUUUAAGCGUAGAGUGAAAAUAUUUAUAUCCAUAUAUCGGGAUGGAGUAAUGCAAAAUGUUAUAAAGCUUAUACCAAGUACAUAAAAUUUUUUAAAUAUAUUAUUGUGUCUCAGUAUUUAAACAAGUAUUACGGAGUACUAUUUAUAUUCUACUAACAUUGAGACAUGAUGAGAUGAUACAGUUAUUAGGAAAAAAUGUGAGUUUGUGAUUGAUAUUGAAUUGAUAAAAUAAAAAUAAGGUAAUAAUGAUUUAGAACCACACAAACUUUAACAAAUUAUAUAU